CGCGUUUAGUGUUAGUAUAAUUAGAUUCCGAAUUAUGUCGAAUUCCUUCCAACAACUUAGCUCCCUAACGCUGGUCGCUGCAGAUACAGCAGAUUACAAUGCUAUCAAGAAAUACGAUGUCACAGAAGCCACGACUAAUCCAACCAUAAUUUUACAAGCAGCAAUUUUACCGCAAUACCAACAUCACCUGGAGCAAUCCGCAGAAUAUGGAAUUAAGUCCGCUUCUGACCUAGAACUGGCAGUUGAAAAUGCCAUGGAUAUGUUGGUGGUUUCCUUCGGAGAACGAAUUUUGCAAGUGGUUUCAAAAAAAGUUCACGUUCAAGUAGACCCACGAUUGGCUUUCGAUACCCAGCGCAGCGUUUCCAAAGCGCUAAAAUUAUUGAAGAUGUUCGAGGACAAAGGUAUAGACCGAAGGAAAGUGGUGAUAAAAUUGCCAGCGACCUGGGAAGGCAUCCGAGCGGCUGGAAUAUUGGAGAAAACCCACGGAGUUAGCUGCAAUAUGACUACGAUGUUUAGUUUGGUGCAAGCAGCUGCUUGCGCUGAAGCUGGAGUGAGCUACUUAGCUCCUUUUGUGGGCCGGAUAAAUAUGUGGCACGAGGAAAAUGGAAGCGAAUUCGAUCGAGCUGGAGAGACCGUGUUGAAGAACAUACAAAACUACAUGAGGAAAUUCGGGUACAAGACCAAAGUUAUGGGCGCCUAUUUUGUUAACUCGGAGCAGAUUAAAGCUGUUUCUGGAUGCGAUUUUGUGACAGCUCCACUUUCGUUGAUUGAUGCCUUAAUUAAAGAUAAAGAAGUUGUAGACGAUAAAAUGGAUUCAAAGUUACCAGUCAAGAAACUCGAUAUAAAUGAAGAUACAUUUAGAUUUAUGCUGAACGAAGAUCAAAUGGCCACUAGUUUGCUAUCAGAGAUAAUUAGAAAUUUUUCAGCUGAUUACGGGAAGCUUAAGAAUAUUGUAAGAAAAGCUAUUUUAAGAAAAAAAUAAUACCUCAUUUGAUUAAAAUGUAGUUUUUAUUGCUAUAAAAUAUCAACAAUAAUUUCGAAUGUUUCGAAAAAUUUAUAACAAUGUACAUAAAAUAAAUAAUACUCGUA